UUCGAUCAAGGAAGCCGCGAAUGUUGGCUCCGGGAUCGACACCGUGAUAGCCAUUUCCUCGGUCAGCGACUGGCUCGAGGAGAUGUCCAUGUGCAAGACCCUGCCCCCGACUUUCAUCACGGCCUCCAACAAGGACUAUCCGUCUCUGGAGCGGCACAUGGAGCUGGUAAAUGAAGCGAGUAACAGCAUCUACGGAAACAAGUACGUCGUGGUGGGCCUCUCGCUGGAGAUGGGUGCGUUGAUGUACCACUUUGCGGACGACCAGGACAAAGCCCUGACUGGAGGCUCUCUGUACAAGCAAUGCAUGGCGGCGACCCUUGUGCCGCUGGAUAUGGGUUGCGAGAGUGGCUCAAAAGCACACGUCAAGGACACCAACAUUGCGUACGGCGCGGAUACAAAAAAGGUGGUCCUAGUCUUCGACAACGACGUUACUGUUGCAGAAAAGAUGAAGUACGUUUUGGAGAAGCAGCCGCGGAAGCGCUUUGCCUGGCUCUACUUCAACGUGCACAUGGCCGACUUCCUGAAAAGGUGCCAGAUGCCCCAUCCUUUCGCGCCAAUCCUUGUACUGCGCAAGAACUUCAGCAUCGGCAACAAGCCGUAGCACGGCAAUAAAUGUGGCUGUGCGCGCGCUUCGCCAGUGCGACUGGCGCACGUGACCGCACUGCAUCUGAGCGACGCUAAGUAGUAGGCGUCGCUGUUUUAGCGUCAGAAGGCAACGGCGCACUGGAAUCUCCGCAUAGACCUCUUUUUUUUUUUUCAUCGGCGCCGCCAUAUUGCGUAGGCAGUGGCGCCAUCUAUGGGCAGUCGUCGUGCUGGCUCGGGCAAACGCUCCGUGUUGUAUGUCACUUAUGCGAUUGGAGGCAGCGUUUGGUGGUUGUUUUCCGACUCGUACCGUCUCUUUAGUGUGAAGUGACGUCUUCUACGUCGAAACCAGUACUGUAAAACAUACUGACUCAUGUACAGACAUACUGACAGGAUUUAAGUCGGCAUGACAGAAAUUUAUGCGCCGUUGGGAUGGCCGGAGCACUCAGCCCGAUGGGAACGCGCGUGUUCGAUUCUACAAUCAGCCUCGUAGAUCA